AUGCUAUCAUGCCAACUGCUGCCGAGCUCGGCUGGCUCUCACACGGCCCAUCUCCAGCUCUACCCAACUCAGCAUCACACUAGCCUCAGUGUCAUCAACCCUGAGGACGACUUCCACCAUCUUGUUCAAGCGCUUUCCGACGUGCUUGGGCCUUCUUCGGGCAUAAACUCAGAGGACGUCGACGAGAAUGACUUGAUUCGGCUCAUGCAACAGUAUACAUCCCAAGAGAAGCAAUGGCGUCACUACGCCUUUGCAGACUUAAGCCGGAACUACACACGCAACCUUGUGGACGAAGGGAACGGCAAGUCCAACUUGCUGAUUAUUGUGUGGAAUCCCGGACGAUGUAGUCCAAUCCACGACCAUGCAGAUGCGCAUUGUGUGAUGAAGAUCUUGAAAGGCAGUCUCAAGGAAACACUGUACGCCCUACCCCAAGGUGCGACUGAACUGGGCGCCUCGAACGCCUCGAGCGACGUGUCAACUCCACCACAAGUCGUCAAAGAGACCUUAUACUCUCAGAAUGAGGUCACGUAUAUAUCGGAUAAGAUUGGUCUUCACAGGAUCUCCAACCCGUCGAAUGACGAGGUGGCAGUAUCCCUCCACCUCUACACACCACCUCAUGCGGCCAAUUUCGGCUUCAACCUCUUCGACGAAAAGACAGGGAAGCCUACCCACAUCAAGCAAGCCGGCUUCUUCUCAGACCGAGGAAAGCCCAUCGAGAAGUGCCUCUUCGGGACUUUCUGA